AUGGGCAACUCAUUAACGCACGCCGUCAGUCGUGGCUCAAGCGUUUUCAGCCACAACAACAACAACACCAACAAUAAUCGCUCGCGCGCCUCUACAACACCCAGAAAUCCAAAGUCACGCUAUCAUUCCACACUCGACUCCAGCGGCGGCGGUGACGGCGGCGUGCCACCACACAAGUCGAAAACAUUGCCAGCGCGUCACAGUCGACGACGCAGUGACCACACGACCAAUGACAUUCACGGUCAUGGACGUAGUAAAACGCCGCCAGCGUCAGCGCCACCAAAUGGUGAGACGUCGCGUGUACUCUUCCUACUCUAUCUGAUACAUCGCACAUGGAAUGUUAUGGUGGAGACGGUGGAUACGCGCAGCAAAAGGUCACGUCGCAGCACCAAGGCAUCAGAAAAACAUGACGCUACUACCACCACCAAACCUACAAAUUCUCCGCGUUUAUAUAGAGAAUGCGAACUGAGUUGCACGAACAGCGAUGGGGAUUGUUCUAUCAAUAUCACAGAUCUGGAUGCGGCUGAGGUGGCGUCGUCUUUUUGUUGCUCACAAUAUUCCUACUGCAGUUGCAGCUAUUGUUUCGAUGCUAAUCAAAAUGUUUACAAUUCCAUUGGUGGCGGCGAAGAUUGCUCGUUGGAUUCGAUUUGUGAGCGAUCUUUAUCGAAGUGUGGCAGCUAA